UCGUUUUUGUGAUGAACCAAUGAAAUCGCAGCUAUAGCCAGACUACUUCCUGAAUAAAAAAGCUGCAGGCUGAAGUGUAAAAGCAGUCCAGGACAAGCCUCAUACAGAAAUAAACAAACCCAUCUGGAUCAUGCAGAACAUGUUCAUUAUUGUUUUAAAUCUGCUGAUUCACAUCUCAAUCGCAAUCGAAGAGGAGCGGAUUACAAUACCAUGUCAAGCCAAUACUGAACAAGGUGUACAGUACAGGAAAAUCACAUGGUACAAGGUGGAGGAAGGCUCUGAUGUUUUGACUGGACUUGUUUUGAAGGACCUGAAUAAAAACAUUACAGUCCUUUUUAAGUUUGCCAAUCAUUCGUAUGUGGUAGGGGAGGAUAACUCGCUCCAGUUUCUCAGUGCAGCUGGGGAAAGCUGUGGCAUUUACAGAUGCACUUUAUGGCCACCACUGGGCCAUUACAUUCAGGAGAAAGACUAUGAAUAUUAUUCAGCAGACUGCAUUAAACCUCAACUUCAACCAGUGCUAAGCAGCAGCAGGAACAAUGACGUGCCUGUCAGGACUCAUUUAAAAUUCUUAAUAAUCCCAUGUGUGCUGUUGGCUUGUUCUGUUCUUAUAUUUCUUGUAAACUUAAAAAUGAUGAACAGAGCAAAAAAGAGAUCUGAUAUUAAAGAAAAACUUUUGGAAACUAAAGAAACAUUUGUGCAAAAUUGUGCAAACAUCUAGUAGCAUUAACCGAAAAUCAGUGAAAAAAAAUCACGUAUAUCCUGUGUUAUAUGUUUAUUGUGUUAUAUUGUUUCACUUAGCAAUACAUUUUUCAUUUGUAAACAAAUAUACCAAUAAAAUAAUUUGUGUUGUCAAAGUGUCGGGCUUGUAAUCCGACAGUUGCCGGUUUGAGUCUCACGACCGAUGGGUUGCAACUAUAACUCUAAAAAAUGCUGGGUUGUUUUUAACCCAGGGCUGGGUCACUAUUGGACAGAACACACUGCUGGGUUAAAAUGACCCAACUGCUUGAUUGUUUUAACCCAACUGCUGGGUUAUUGUCAAUCAACAUGUUGAAACAACCCAGCAGUUGGGUCAUUUUGAACCCAGCAGUGUGUUCUGUCCAAUAUUGACCCAGCUUUUUUAGGCAUCCUUAAUUGCUCCCCGGGCGCUGGGAUAGCUGCCCACUGCUCUGGGUGUGUGUGUGUUUACUGGAUGCAUGUGUUAAAUGUAGAGGUUACAUUUCAAGUAUGCAUUUCAUACUUGAUAAGCUUGUCACUCUCACUUUCACUUCAUUGCACUUUCCAACACCCUACCAAACCCACACAAAGAGAAAAUACCUUUGAACUGUGAUAAGCAGUCAACGUCAGAAGAAAGCAUUUCACAAGUUCUGAUGAUGAUACGUUUGAUGGUGUGGGCGUUUGCCCUUACCGUAGUAGCUGGCAAAGAGGUUCCCACAUUGGUCACAGCAGCCUGUAGAGAUAAUAUCAUUUUACCAUGUGAUGCCCUUCAAAUCGGUCAAAGCUACACCUCUGUUACUUGGUACAAGGUCCAUCCAACCCAUUCUUCAAUCCUCAUUUCCCAAAAAAAUGUAUUAUCCCAAAGUGAUAAAGGAAACAGUUCUGUGUCACUGGGUAAAAAUGCAUCUUUGAUUUUGUGGAAGGCUGCUCCUACAAAUGCUGGGAUGUACGAGUGUUUACUUAGAGCAAAAGCUGGACAAAAUUUUUGUCGCUCUCAAAUUGAAUUGAAUAUCUCAGAUUGCAUGGCGACUACAGCUUUACCUAUCUUUAACUUCUCCACAUAUUUCAUGAAUGGCGCUGAUUCAUUCUUCACUGAUUUGAUUAAUGGCACUAAUUCAUUAAUGAAUAGCAGCCAACUGACCCCUAUUAGAGAUGACAAUGAAGAGCUUUAUGUCAUUUUGGCUUUAUUAGGACUAGCACUGUGUAAACUACUGCUCAGUGCAUUAUGCAUUAAAGUAUUCGAGGAGCUCAAAGCAUUUAGGGGAAGACUACAAGGAUACAGAUAAGACAAACUAUUAUUUGCACUAUUAUUUAUAAUAAUCAGCACCCAUGGGACAUUUCUCAGCCAAUCAAAUAAAGCAUUUAAAAGACCUGUGGCAUAAUUAAUAAAUAAUGUAUGAAAUUGCUUGUAAUCAUAA